CCCGGCGUCCCGAUCUCAUCUCUGAGCGCGAGACGCAGGCGAGUGCGCGACCGCAGCAUGGCGAGCGCGAUGUUGACGGAGCGCGGAGCGCGGCCGAAGAAGGCGGCCAAGCGCAAGGCGCCGCCGCCGCCGCGGCGCGCCGAGCAGAACAACAACGUGAAGCGGCAACGCGUCGACGGCAAGGACGACAUGCUGGCGGCCUACCAGCCCUGGGUCAUCCAGACGUACGGCGACCUGGCCAAGACCAAGACGAUCACGCUGAAGAAGUACGCGCGCAUCCUGCGGACGCUGCGCGGCGAGGAGAUCGUCAGCGCCGACAACUCCAAGUUCCGCUUCUGGGUGAAGGCGAAGGGCUUCCACGUGGGCCGGCCCCAGGCCUACGAGGCCAAGCCGGCGGACGCGAUCGUGGGCCGGUACAGUGUGUGCGACGCCGACGAGGGCAUCCCGCCGGUCAACGACAAGCUGGAGGGGUCGGCCAAGGACCCGCCGCUCUACGUGCCGAAUGCGCCGUUCAAGAAUUCCACCGGCGAGCCCGUGUACCGCAAGGUGGCCGUCGUGGAGAACUUCUUCGACAUCAUCUACAACGUCCACGUGGAGCUGGAGGGUCGUCCGGGGAAGCACGCGGGCCAGAAGAGGACCUAUCGGACGAUAACCGAGACAUACGCGUUCCUGCCCCGCGAAGCCGUCACCCGCUUCCUCCUCGGCUGCACCGAGUGUCAGAAACACCCCCGAUCUCCAUCACCCGCUUCCGUUCUGCCGACCCCCAGCCCCAGCCCGACGCUGCCCCUGGUCCAAACUCCCGCGCCGCCCCUCCCGACGCCUCCCCCGGCGCCGCCCGCCGACGUCGCCCCCUUCCUCCCCAACUCCUCCGCCGAGACCCUCGACCUCUCCUCCAAGAGCAACGGAGACGUCCACAGCACGCCGGAAGGACCGCUGAGGACCAGCACGCCCACGCCCGAGCUCAAGCGCUCCACCAACCCCCUGGACGUGUGUAACCUGACAGCGAAGGACCCGCCGAAGAGCCCUCCCAAGAAGAGGCCGCUGCAUGGCGCGGAGAAAACGCCCAAGUUGUGGUCGCCGGUGGAGAGUAUCGAGAGGGAGCAGGAGACGAGGAAGAAGAGGAUUCUGAUGGGCGGGGACAUAGACUACUCGCUGCCCAUCACCACGACGUACUUGAAGUACAUGAGGAGUUUGGGCUGCACGGACGAGGACGCCCUCAAGUUUGAGAAUAAGCACGAGAACUUGUCGACGGCGGAGUCGGCCGAGGCAGCCGAGGAGGAGCACUUUUCCGGAACCGGGGCUAUGAAAGACAGCGACAAGCUCAAGCUGAUGCUCUUGGCGUGGAACUACCACAAUCAGGCUCAAGGCAACCGGAAUGGCGACAUUCCCGACCUGUCCCAGGUGCCCGGGGGCGAAGAGAUGGCCGGCCUGUGGGCCCAGUACCACUCCGCUCUAGGCCUGGCGAAGGGGAAGGCCACACCGCCCACCAACCGCGAUCAAUCUAGUCCAGUCAAUGCUGAUACGGGGUCGGCGCAUGACGAAACCAGCUCCAGCGGGAACAAAGAAGACGAAGACGACGAUGACGACGAAAGCGACGACAAGAUCGACACACAAACGCACGACCCUGAACGACUCAAAGCCUUCAACAUGUUCGUCCGCCUCUUCGUCGACGAGAACCUGGACCGAAUGGUGCCGAUCAGCAAGCAGCCCAAGGAGAAAAUCCAAGCAAUAAUCGAUUCGUGCACGAGGCAGUUUCCGGAGUUUGCGGAAAGAGCCCGGAAACGAAUCCGCACUUACCUCAAGUCGUGUAGGAGGAACAAACGUGCCCGAGACCCCAAUUCACCAUGGGAUGCGACGAGGCCGACCCCCGCGCACUUGACGUCGGUCCAGGCCGAGCAGAUCCUAGCGACGGCAUGCGAGAACGAGAGCCACAACGCGAAAAGAAUGCGAUUAGGCCUGGAACCGGUCAGCCAGCCGAUGCCCAUCCUGCCGGGGGCCCAACCUACCGACACCACCGCCCCCAUCAACCGCGGCAUAGAUUUCUCCAACAACACCCCCGUCAAAAUCGAGGUCGAUUCCGUCUCGGCGGCGUUCCCCUCGUCGACGACCCCCUCGACCACCCCCAACUCGGUCUCGAAGGGCCUGUCUUUGACGCCCGACUUGAAAACAUCCGCCAUGAGCGUAUCGAACGCGGCAGCUUUGGGCGCGACGGCCAUGAAUGGCAUAGGAAUCUCAAGUACGGCCGGUUCGGCGCCCACGGCGAUGUACAGGCCGAAUUUUUCGCAGGCGUUCCAGAGGGCAGGACCGUACCCGCUGUUCCCAGGGGCGGCCCCGUUCGGCACGGGGGCAGGCUUACUUACAAAUGGUCCAGCAGACCUGAGCAUGAAGCAGAAGCCUCUACUCAACCACAAGCUGAGCACGGGGGAGAUGGCGGCGGUGCGGCAACUCAUCACCGGGUACCGCGAGUCGGCCGCGUUUCUGCUGAGGUCGGCGGACGAGCUGGAGCAGCUGCUGAUCCAGCAGCAGUAGACUGUUGCCAUACUGUGUACAUUACAAAGAAGAUAGAGUAUUUUAUUCACUAGGCACGAGUGAUUUUAGCACUAGUACUACUGUUGAUUCACUAUGCAUUCAUUACUUGGACUGUUGUAAACUUUGUAAAUAUAAUUUUUACUUAUGGAUUUUUGCUACUUACGACGCGGAAGGAAGAUGCUGAAUUUAUGUACAAACAAGUUUCCUAAAUAAGUGAAAAAAAUAUUUAUUUAUUAGAAGUUAGAAGAACUAUUCUAUUACUACAGGGGAAAUUUUAUUAUAUUUGAUAUAAAUGUUGAGAAUUUAUUGUAUGAAUUGACUGUACCAAAGACAAUUGUAUAUAAUCUUUAAAAAGUCGCCGAUGUUUUGUAAUUAUGAGUAUUUUCAAAAAGAGGAUGAAAAUGAUUUAAGAGUGUGCUGUCUUUCGAGUGAUUCCAAAUCGAACGGUCGGGGGUUCCCCAAGACAACUCUCGACGGACUUACUAUAUUUUCUAAGGGAUCCUCCUUGAAUUUUUAUAAUAGGAACUCAUAUUUUCUAUUAUUUGAAAGAGUUGAAUAGAAUUUUAAAAAGUAUUUCUGUGAUUGUUAGUAAGUGUGUAGAUAUACUGAAAAUCAGGAAACAUCUUACAAAUUUUUGUAAUCUAUGUAUCUGUUCAUGUAUAUUUCAGACAUUCCAAUGUAUUUCUGAAUGUAUAUAAUUAAAUUGUAUUUUGAUCUGAAAUCACUGCCAGAUUUUGUGUAUCAAUAAAUAAUGUCCGCAUUA